AUGGUCAAACCAUUAACAUUCAAAGGCGACAAGCCGAAGAAACGCAAGACCCGCACGGAAGAUAGCGACGGAACGGUCACAAAAACCCGCAAAACCACCACCACAGAGCAAGAGAAUGAAGACGAAAACCCACCCGACGACACAAGCUGGGUCUCAGCUGACGCGCCGACCGAUCUGGGCGGUCCAAUCGUGCUAGUACUACCAUCCGAUAAACCCACCUGCGUAGCCAGCGAUCCGAACGGCGUUGUCUUCGCGAGUGAGCUGGAGAAUCUCGUUGAGGGUGACGCAGCGACAGCCGAGCCGCAUGAUGUCAGGCAGGUCUGGGUUGUCACCAAGGUUGCGGGCACGGACGGGUUUAGUUUUAAGGGGCAUCAUGGAAAAUACCUCGGUUGCGACAACCACGGAUUAUUCACAGCCACCGCUUCAGCAGUCGGACACUACGAAUCCUUCAUCGUGAUACCAUCCCCCGAUAUCCCCGGAACAUUCUAUCUGCAGACCCGCGGUGGAGAUGCGGAGACUUUCCUUUGUGUAAAGGAGAAUGCCAAAGCGUCUGCUGGUGUGGAGAUCCGUGGUGAUGCGGAGAAUAUCUCAUUUGAGACUGGUGUGCGGAUACGUAUGCAAGCAAGGUUUAAGCCGCGACUGAGGGCGUCGAAGGAGUCGAAGGCUUAUGAGAAGAUUAGUCAGAAGGAGUUGGAGGGGAUUGUUGGGAGGAAGUUGGAGGCGGAGGAGGUGAAGAGGUUGAGGAGGGCGAGGAGGGAGGGUGAUUUUCAUGAGGUUAUGUUGGAUGUUAAGGUUAAGGGAAAGCAUGACAAGUUUGCUUGA